UUGGUAGUGGUUGACUAUCUUUGGGGCGAUACGAGUAAAGAGGAAAAGAAGUUGAUACGAAAACUCGACUUUUUUAUUCUUACAUUUUGCUGUUUCAGCUUCUUCUUUAACCACCUCGAUAGACAGGCCUUUGCCAAUGCAUACGUAGCGGGUUUGAAAGAGGCUCUUGACCUUCAUGGCAACCAGUACAAUGUUCUACUAUCAAUGACUUCAGCGGGAAUGUUGGUCGGACAGAUACCAAGCAGUAUCAUCAUCCACAAGAUCAGACCUCGAAUAUGGCUAUCUUCAAUGGUCGUCACCUGGGCGGGCCUGACAAUGGCGAGUGCAGCUUGUAGGACAUACUCUCAACUGUGCGCCGUUCGAUUCCUCAUGGGUGUAGCUGAAGCCAGUACUUACGCUGGAUCAAUCUACAUCAUGGGCUCGUGGUACAAGUCGGAUGAGAUCGGCAAACGAACAGCCAUGUUCACCGUUGGCGGUCAAGUCGGAAAGAUGUUUGCAGGCGCCAUGAUGGCUGCUAUCCACCAGUCUAUGGAAGGCCAUGCUGGACUCGCAGGAUGGCAGUGGGUGUUUCUGAUUGACGGCAUCAUCACACUACCCGUUGCUGUGUUUGGCUUCUUCUUCUUUCCGGAUGUCCCAGAGUAUACCGACGCUUCAUAUCUAAGCGAGAAGGAACGACAAUUAGCCCUAGAUCGAUUGCCACCCAAAAGAGAAGACGGCCAUAGUAUUCAAGCUUGGAGUCUUAUCAAGAGAGUUCUGGGAAAUCCUUUAGUAUACGUCUUUUGUGUCUUGUCCGUUCUUGGUUCAGCUCUCCAAUCAUACGUCGUUCAAGGACUUAUGCUACUUUACCUGAAGUACCGCAAAGACAUUGACGGCUUUACUCAAACCGAAGUCAAUACCCUGCCAAUCCCAACCCAUGCCGUCGGUAUCGUCGCCGAGUUCUCUAUCUCGUUUGUUUUUGAUAGAUACAACCAACGAAUGUCACUCGGCUUCAUACUCUGCCUAGUUCAGAUCAUCUGCAGCAUCGUCCUUCUGAUCCCGAACAUGAGUGUACCAGGCAACCUCACAGCGUUGUACCUUUCAGCUUCAGCGUAUGGCAUAGCUCCUCUGACAUACGGCUGGGCGAGCAACAUUUUGGCAAGAACGGCAGAUGAUGCAGCACGAAGCGUGACUCUGGCGUCCAUGACGGCUGUAGAUGGUCUUUUAUGGACGUUCUGGGGCAUUGUGCUUUUCCCAGCUGACGAUGCCCCUUAUUGGAGGAAUGGAUAUAUCGGGAUGAUAUGUGUCAGCGUUGCACUUUCUGGGUGGUUGUUUGCGGUUCGAUGGCUUGACCGUUAUACGGCUGAAAAGUAUCCUGCUGGGGAACAUACGAGUGCUUCGUCUUUGGUGCCGACUCAGGUUAAUUACUCUACCAUGAGUCAACCAGAAAAGGGAAAUGGAACGGCAUAG